AUGUCACAUCUUUCGAAGCCUGCAUUGAAGCCGGAGUCGGAGGACGAUGGCAGAUAUCCCUACGAUCUCCCUCCGCCUUAUGAGCUGCAUUCCACCGGGGAGUUUCUCGACACUUCAACAGCCAUAUCAGAUGAUGGGAGAGUCAACAUCUCGUUCUCAUCGAGGGACCCAGCUCACCUCGCCAGACUCCUGCCAUCGACCCCCCCUGCGCCGCUGCCCGCGCAUGAAGGCCUGGGCGACGUCCAGCCCUUCAUUGCGUACGGCACGGCCCUGCGACGGUACGGCCAUCGCGUGCGUCUCGCGACGCAUAAUAACUUCGCCGACUUCGUGCGGGAGUCGGGUCUGGAGUUCUACCCCAUCGGCGGCGACCCGGCCGACUUGAUGUCCUACAUGGUUCGCAACCCCGGCCUCAUCCCGUCCCUGGAAUCGCUUCGGGGUGGGGAUAUCGGGCGGAAGCGUCGAAUGAUCAAGGAGAUGCUAGAUGGCUGCUGGGAGGCAUGCUACCAUCCCGAUCCCGUGACAAACGAGCCGUUCGUUGCUGAUGCCAUCGUUGCGAACCCGCCGAGUUUCGCUCACGUCCACUGCGCACAAGCCCUCGGCGUCCCGGUGCAUAUCAUGUUCACGAUGCCCUGGACGGCCACGAAGGCUUUCCCGCAUCCCCUGGCUAAUUUCCAGAGCAACAACACGAAUUCUUCGACGGCGAAUUGGCUUUCGUACGGUGUGGUUGAGACGAUGACGUGGCAGGGUUUAGGGGACGUGAUUAAUGACUGGCGUCGGAAGAGCCUUGGUCUCGAGAACAGCCCGGCGAGCAUGGGCCCAGGGAUCACGACGCAUCUCAAAGUCCCUCACACAUACUGCUGGUCGCCUGCCAUCAUGCCCAAGCCUGCAGACUGGGGCCCGGAGAUAGAAUGGCUCUUCAAGCGUGUAUCGGUCGUCGUGCACCACGGCGGCGCCGGCACUACCGCAUGUGGCCUGGUCAACGCCCGACCGACUAUCAUCGUACCGUUCUUCGGAGACCAGCCCUUCUGGGGUGGAAUAGUAGCGUCCGUCGGCGCUGGGUCCAAGCCGAUCCCACACAAGAAACUCAGCGCCGAUCUUCUGGUCGAGGCCCUGCGGUACUGCCUGCUGGACGAAGCCAAGCGCGCCGCCCAACAUGUAUCCUCGAGGAUGCGUGUCGAGACGGGCGUCGACAGCGCCGUUGAGUCUCUGCACCGGAACCUGCCAGUCGACGACAUGGCGUGUGAUGCACUGCCGCAGUACGCCGCCACCUGGGUGUGCGAGAAGAAGCGGCGCAUCAUGAAAUUAUCCGACCGCGCUGCCGCGACACUGAUUGCGGAGAAGAAGCUGAAGGUUUCCGACCUUGUCCCCCUCCGAGUCCGAUGCUACGAUACAGACGUUACGCGCUGGGACCCCUUGACGGGCGGUGCCUCCUCCGUCCUCGGCACCCUGAUGGAUAUGACGAUGGCUUUCGGCGGGAUCUUCAUCGAUCCGUUCAAAGAGUACAAGCGACGGCGCACCCAGCCAGGCGCCGACGGAACGCCGGGCUCCAGAGACGGGAGCGCCGGGGCGGCGGCCAUGGCCGCUGGGAAGGGUCUCGGCAAGGUAUACGGGUCCAUGACCAAGGGUGCGUUACUCGACAUGCCACUGGCGUUUACGGAGGGUCUCAGGAACGUCCCCAAGCUGUACGGGGCAGAGCCCGACGACUACGGCCGAGUAACGGACUGGAAGAGCGGAGCGGUAGUUGGCGGAAAGGCCCUCGGGUUGGGAUUGUACAACAGCGUGACCGGACUUGUCACUGAACCAUACAAGGGGGCAAAAAAGGAGGGAGCCGUGGGCUUCAUGAAGGGCGUCGGCAAAGGCAGCGUCGAGCUCGUCACAAACCACAUUUGGUAUCUUCGCGUAUCCGGCGCAAGGCAUAUAUAA